CUACAGCAUCACAGGCCCCCAUCUUCAGUCUGCGUCCGUCUGCACACGCGCUCCCUCCCUGGGCAGGGGCAGGGCAGUGGGAAGGCCUGGGCAUGCCCCUGACCCAUCCCAUGCUCUGGGCCAUGAUAUGGGGAACUUCCCACUAUGAGAAGGUGUCACAUUUCGGGGUACUCCUGUGCGCUGCCCACACCCUGCCUGGCCGGCUGGAUUCCCCAGCCUGGCACUCCCUCCUAUGGCCCCCAGCCCCCAGCGCAAUGGGGUACAAGAAACAGGCCCUUCCUUGGGCCGUGACAAGGAGAAGAGCCAGGAACCAGAAUUCCCCAAAGACGUUGGUGCCCAGGCAGUCCGGGUGCCCCGAAUGCUGCCUGCUUCGCUUUUCACCGCCUGGUAUCAAAUGGCGCAGGGGGGAGGCUCGUGCCCAGCUCUAGGGGGCAGGAGGGAAGGUCUUGCCUCUGCCCUGACACUGCACCCAGCGUGGUUCUCCCUUACCAUGGACAUCUAGCCCCCUGUGCCCCGUAUCAGCCUGGCUUCCCCUGCCCUGCUGUCCUUCCUGCAUUGCACACUCCAACUCAGCAUCAAUCAUUAACCAGGCGCUGCUCCUCCUGGUGGGGCCCCUGCGGCAGGCCCAUGCUGGACGAGCUGUUUGCCAGCAGGGCUUGGCCUGGGUGCACAGGAGUGUGGGCUUUGGGGAGUCCUGCAGCAGGAUUGGCUCCCAAUCUAGGGAACCCCUUGCAGCUGCUGGGAUUGAACUAGACUUCACGUCCCACCCCAGGGGCAUCGAAUGCAUCAGGGACCCAGGUUGGGGUUUCCAAAAGCACCUUGGUCACCUUGGAGCACCCACUGCAAGGGCAUGCCAAGUGCACGCCUCAGUCACCUCGGCUGCUGGAACCCCUCCAGAGACUCCAAGGGGCUCACUGUCCCACUGAGCUCCUGUGGGGCCAGAGGCAGGUUCCGCAUUGCGGGUCGGGGUUCCCUGGGGGCUCUCAGAGCCCUGCCCCAUGCCAGGGCUGUUGUGCAUUUGGAGGGGCCCAGCUGCCUGCAGGGAGUGCUAGGAAUGGCCUGUCCAGGGACAAUUCUGCUGAUGUGUCACAUAUUUGCUGCUUUUUUUUCCUCAUUCCUCCCUGUGUAGAUUCUGGGAAAUCAGCUCACCCCUGCCAGGGCCCGAGUGCAGGGAGAGUCACGGGAGCUCUGGGGGCGUCUCCUACCCACGCUCCUUGCAAUCCACCCCGACUCUUUCCCCCACGCGUCAGACCGCACCAGUUCUCGGUGCAAAACCUCGUCCUGGCCGUAGACUGGCCUGAGGCUUCAGAGGGUUGGGAGGGUUACAUGCUACCCUGGGCCAUGCCUGGGGGGGGUCAUGUUGGGGAGACUGGGCCGUGUCUGGGGCCCCGUGCUGGGUGCGUUUGGGAUGUGUUCGAGCCACGUUCCAAGGGAGCUUGAGAUGGAAAUUGAGCAAAUACCUCAGCCUGGCCUGAGCAUUUCUUUGAGGUUUUUAGGCUCGUUGACCAGUGCUGGGCCCCAGGGGUCCCCUGUGCUCCCCAACACGGUGCCAGGGGAUUAGCUCGUCCCUGCUGUGACUCCCCUACCUCCGAAAGGCCCUGGGGAUCCAUGGGGCAGUUUGAGGAGCAGAGGGACAGAGGGUUCAUAGGGGCCCAGCGCCCCCUUUUCCCAUUGCCUUUAAAUCUCCCCCUGUGGAGCUUCCUGCCAAGGGGGAGGGGAGGGGAGGGGACGGCCAGGGGAUGGGCAGGCUUGCCCUCCCCCCCACUCUCCAACAGCGACUUUUCCUGUGAGCGCUGCAGCCUGGAGUCUAACAAUUAUUGCCUGUGCUCACAUCUGGAAGGAAGUGAGCGGCUCUUUCCACUGGCCGCCUGCAUCAGGGGGGACUGGCAGCCAGCUCCUGUCCCGCCCCAGCUGCAGAGGGCCCGGGGAACUCCAGAACGGGCUGCUCCAGAGUCUGCGCCUGCGGACGGACAUGGGGGGAGCCGGGAGCCCCAGAGCUGCAAGGCCCCUGCUGUGAAGGUGGCAGCACAAGGGCAUCCUGGCUAAGCCCUCUGCCCAGCGUGCUGCUCCAGAUGCCUGGUGUGCAGCUGCAUGGACAUAAUGGGCAGCUCAGCUCCACCCCCCCACCCCCCCACCUCCCACAGGCAAUAAAAAGGUGGCAAGACUCCGAAAUCUGCUGCAGCUCCUCCUGCAGGGCCUGGCAUCCCGAGCCGGUGCCGCGAGCACGUCGCCCUUCGGCCUGGCGAGAGCCCCAGUGUUGCCACCAUGGAGACACGCAAGCGUGAGAUGGAGCUACUGAGCAACAGCAUGGCCGCCUACGCCCACAUCCGAGACAAUCCUGAGAGCUUUGGCCUCUAUUUUGUCCUGGGCGUCUGCUUCGGCCUGGUGUUAACCCUCUGCUUGCUGGUGAUCCGCAUCUCCUGCCAGCCACGCACCCGCAGCCUCCCUGCCAAGCCCAGGAGGAGCCUGCGGGAUGUCAGCGAGGAAGACGAGGAGGAGGAGGAGGAGGAGGACACGGUUGACAACGUGGUGACGGAGUCCCCGCUGCCCAUCACCGAGAUCCCCCUGGAGAACCACAGCCCGGCAGAUGGCACCUUGACUGUCAACGUCUUUGCCUCGGCGGAGGAGCUAGAGCGGGCGCAGCGGCUGGAGGAACGGGAGCGCAUCAUCCGGGAGAUCUGGCGCAACGGCCAGCCGGACAUCCUGGGCACGGGCACCGUGGGCAGAGUGCACUACUACUGACUGUGGGCACGGGGCCUGGCUGCCCAGCUCCCUGAGCUGGACUGUGAUGGCAGCCCCCCAGCCACAUGGGGCUCUGGUAGGAGGGCCCACUGCACGCGCUGCUCUUAGGCACUCCCAGAAAGGGUGCCCAUGAGUCUGGAGAUGUUCCCUAGCCCUUUGCACAGCCCUGGACAUUGUGACUGUGUGCGAGCUGGGCGGGGCUUGGCCCCCUGAAAUGCCCCGUUAGCCUGCACAAGCUGCACAUGGUGUUUGUUACCGGUGGAGCGAAUGGAGCCAAGCUCUGCCGAGCACCAAGCUCCCUGAGGAGCUGCUCUCGUUAACUGACUGCUCAGGGCCCCUCUCACUGCUGGUGAUGGGAAUCCCCCUGCUCUUCCUGCAGGAGCUCCCUGCCCCCACCAGAUCAGGGACACCAUGCAGGUCCUGCCAGGCUGUCUUCCCACCCUCAGUGAACCAAGUGCAUAAGACUGCAGCAAGGAGAGAACUGAGUGCCCGGCCAGCCCAGCACCUGGAAGGGUCCUGCUGGGGCAUGGAUGGACUGGGAUGCAUGGACGGAAACUCCCAGAACUGGCCACCAUAGGUGGCUUUGUCCCUUCCUCUGAAACACUUGGUACUGGCUGGUGUUGGAGGGACAAUGCCAGGCUAACGGGUCACCCCCCAGCCAGGCCCCCACGUACUGCAAAGUGCUAGGUAAGGUAGAGCUUAGAGGCUAGCGGCAGCGCGAUAGUUACUGGGCAGUUAGCAGUAGUUCCUGGGGUGCUCAUGUCACAGAGUGUGGGGGAGUCAGAGCCCUGCACCCCCAACAUCCUGUGAUCCACUGUGACUCUCAGCCAGCCAGUGAAACAGAAGGUUUAUUAGCUGACAGGAACAGAGCUUGUAGGUACAGAGAACAGGAUCCCUCAGUCAGGUCCAUCUUGGGGUGUGGGUAGCCUAGACCCAGGUUCAAAGCCUCCCCCAUCUCCCCAGCCAGCUCCAAACUGAAACUCCCUCCAGCAGUGUCUACCCCCCACCCGGCUCCUCCUCUAGCCUUCGUCCAGAGUCCCAGGCAGGGAACUGACAACACCCUCCUGGGUUCAGGUUACAGAGGGCAGUCACCAGCCUUUACAUGCUGGCCAGCCGGUAUCAUCACUCAGUGAAGUCACCCCGAUUUCCCAUCCCCAUCUAGUAUUAAUGCAGAGAGUAAACUAGCAAAACUCCCAUAUUAAUCCUCCCUGCUCCCUCCCAGCUCAGUUCAGCUGCCUAGCCAUGCCCAUGGCUCAGGAGGCAGGCAUGGGGCCGGGCUGCCCGCUGUCUGUGCAGUGACUGGGUUUGCAUUCCUGCAUGAGCGGGUGGCACUGCAGGGGGCUUAGGGCAGCAUGGUCCUGCAUCGUGUCCAUGGGGGCACCCCCAGCCCUUGCAGGAGAAGGGAACCCUGCUGACCCCAUGGGCAUGUGGCUGUCCAGCCACUGCCAACCCCUCCGGCAGGCAAGCCCCAGAGCUCACCAAUCCCCAGCAGCCCAGGAUCCCAGCCACUCCUCUUGGCCACUGGCUCAGCUUGGACUCCUGGCUGAGGGUGGUUGAGGGCGUGAAAGGAGCCGGGGCCCAGCAGCUGCAGGGAGGAUGGUGAUGAGCUGCUGCUGGUGCUCUAGGAAGGGAGAGAAAUGGGCAGGGGUUUGGGCCCAGGACCGUGAAUCUUGCACUCUGGGCACCCUGUCUGUGCCAGGCCCUAGGAAUGCAGCGGGCU